UUCAGACAUGCGUAGUUUCGAGUGAUGACGUGGCGGAUCCAUAGAAACCCCCAAAGAACCGAACUUUAAACAAAAAAAAAACAAGGAGAGGAAGACGGUGGAGCAAUAUCGGAUCGAGUCGGAGAGUCGCCGGAGAAUUUCUACCGGCUAAUCUGUGUCACAUAGAAAUAUAUUUAUCCUCCGAUUUCUUCAGAUCGGAAGAAGGAAAGUUAUAAAGAGGUGGUGGAUGGGACAUGGCUGAGCAGGAGACAGUAAACGGAGUGAAGGAAGAGAACAAGUUAUGGAAAGGUGUAUUCGCUGUUUCCGGCAUUAUGUCUACUCUUGUCAUCUAUGGUCUUCUUCAGGAGAAGAUAAUGAGAGUUCCUUAUGGAUUGAACAAAGAGUUCUUUAAGUACUCUUUGUUUCUUGUUUUCUGCAAUCGUCUCACUACCUCAGCUGUCUCUGCUGCUGCUUUACUGGCAAGCAAGAAAGUUUUGGAUCCUGUAGCUCCAGUUUACAAGUAUUGCCUUAUUUCAGUCACUAACAUCUUAACCACUACUUGCCAAUAUGAGGCUCUCAAGUAUGUGAGCUUCCCAGUCCAAACUCUAGCAAAAUGUGCCAAAAUGAUACCAGUUAUGGUAUGGGGAACUAUCAUCAUGCAGAAAAAGUACAAGGGUUUUGACUAUUUAGUGGCUUUUCUGGUGACUCUCGGCUGCUCUGUCUUUAUUCUAUUUCCGGCAGGUGAUGAUAUAAGUCCGUACAACAAGGGAAGGGAGAAUACUGUUUGGGGUGUUUCCCUUAUGGCCGGUUAUCUUGGGUUCGAUGGCUUUACAAGCACAUUCCAAGACAAACUCUUUAAAGGAUAUAAUAUGGAGAUACACAACCAAAUAUUCUACACAACACUUUGCUCUUGUGUUCUGAGUUUCACUGGACUUGUAUUGCAAGGCCAUUUACUACUAGCUGUAGAUUUUGUAUCUCGGCAUAGAGAUUGUCUACUCGACAUCGCUCUGCUCUCCACGGUUGCAACAGCGAGCCAAUUCUUCAUUUCCUACACCAUUAGGACAUUUGGUGCUCUAACAUUCGCUGCUAUCAUGACGACAAGACAGCUUGCAAGCAUCAUGCUCUCAUGCAUUUGGUUCUCUCAUCCGCUUAGCUGGGAGCAAUGUAUUGGAUCGGUCAUCGUUUUCGGGUCUUUAUACUCGAAAAACUUACUGAACAACAAAAAAUCACAAAAGCAACCGCAGCCUCCAGAACUUCCUCAAUACGAAAAGACUGAAGGCUCUUGAGAAAGAACCUUCUUCAAAGCCAGCUAGAAGUUUUUCAUACCCUUAAGAAAAACAAGAACUAGUCGAUAGGGAAUUGAUGUAUUUUUUUCAUAUUUUGUUUGAUGAUAUAUAUAUGCACUAUUUAAUUAUGUUUGUAGUUUGUGUUUAUAGCUUUGGACAUUUUAAUAUUCUUCAAGAAAGUUAAAUUUUAAAUAUAGCAGUA